UGCACACAAAACUUCAACGUCCAUCAAGCGAUCCAAAUCCCAAACCCCACAUCAAAAGCGAUCCAAGAAUCAUCGGAGAUUGGAAGACGCGGAGACGAAGUGGAUGGGGAUCAAAGUUCAAGAUUAUAUAUACAAGUCCUCUUCUUUUGGUGGUUUCGUGCAAUUGGAGGCAGCAGUAAGCGGUCAUGAAUCGGAUCGGGAAAACCAAAAAAAGAAGGAAAAAGAAAAAUUCGAACGAGGAAUCAAACCCGAUAUCCGAAUCCAACAGCGAUCGGAACUCUCGUUCACGCGCCCGAAGAUCUCCGCUGCCCAUCCAUAAAAAUCCCAUCUUUUCUUUUUGGUUUUCUUUUCCUCUGAGCGAUAGUACAGAAGCGUAGAAGAGGAUAUCAAUUGAUUAAGAUGCCGUUUUAUUAUCGUAGAUCGCGGAAUCUUCCGCCUUCUCUCUCCGUCUGUUUCUGUCACGUAUUAAUUAUUGUCUCAAUUUUUGAUGCUUUUGUUGCGUUUUUCUGUUGGGGUUCUUGGUUUGACCCCGUGUCAAGGAGUCUAUUUGGGUUAUGAUUCGGGCGUGGGCUUCUUUACGUCGUUCUCUAGAUAUAUGUAGUCUAUUUGUUUUAGCCUUCGUUUACUUUACCCUUCGUCGCGUCGUUGCCCUCUUUUUGGUAGCCGAUUUUUCUCUCCUCGGAGUUUUAGGGGGCCGUCGAUCCCUCGUUUUCUUAGCUAUUUCUGUUGGAUUUGCGAUACUAGAUCUCCGUUUCAGGUGGUUUUCGGGCGAUUCGGACGCCGAAAGGCGGAAUUUUUGUGGGAUCUAUUGCAAUUUGGGGCUUUGGAAUCGUGAAGCUUGGGUGAAGGGAUUUAGGGUUGAUGUCCCAUUUUGGUUUUCUUGGAUGCGUGACUUGGGAGUAGUACUGGAGCUUCUUCGUUUCCUUUUCGGUUGGUUUCAACUGGAAGUUGGCGGAAAGGUAUUGGCUUUGGGGAGGAAGAUGAGAUAGCUGGGUUGUUUUACUCGUUGAUGUCGUAUAAGAACGAUGUAUCAGACGAAGCAAGCUUGCAGGCUCAUUGCAGUCCUAUGUGGGAAAUUUGCUGAGAGACGAAGGGAGGUAAAACGUGGGCAUUUGUCUUUGUUUCCGGAGCUUGUUUCCUCGGGGCGCCUUGAGGUUCACACGCUUGUUAAUCCAACAAUGGAUAGUUUUCGCAAUGCUCAGAAGUCAUUAGAACCAAAUAUCUUGUACUUUCAAGGGGAGCAGCUGGAAAAUGAGGAAGAAAUUGGCACAUUGUUUUGGGGGGGCAUUGAUGUGUCAGAGGCUGAGACAUUCAGUUCUCUCAUGGCUCCUCCAUCUCCAACAAUAGUUUAUCUGGAAGUCCCUAAUGGUGAAAAGAUUGCGCAGGCAUUACAAGCUAAGGGGACUCCAUACGUGAUAUAUUGGAAGAAUGCAUUCUCAUCAUAUGAAGCUUCUCACUUCCGCCAAGCCCUGUUGUCUGUCGUACAGAGUUCAUGUAGCCAUGCAUGGGAUGCUUUCCAGCUUGCUCAUGCAUCUUUCCGCUUGUAUUGUGUACGGAACAACUAUGUUAUGCCAGCUAACAGGCAAAAGGAUAAUGGUGAACUUGGUCCACAUCUAUUGGGAAGUGCACCUCAGAUAAAUAUUCUUAUUCCAGAUAGAGUUCAAGAGGAUGGAGAAGAAAUCUUAUCUGAUGCUCUUCCUGUGACAAAAAUUUAUGAUGAUGAUGUGGAUAUGAGAUUGCUUGUUUGCGGAGUGCCUUGUACAGUGGAUGCAUGCCUAGCAGGUUCUUUGGAAGAUGGCCUAAAUGCCCUUUUGAACAUUGAAAUUCGUGGGAGUAAACUUCACAAUCGAAUCAGUGCCGCACCACCUCCUCUUCAAGCUGGAUCACUCUCUCGUGGAGUAGUUACCAUGCGCUGUGAUCUCACAACUUGUAGUUCCACUCACAUUUCAGUCUUAGUGUCUGGAAGUGCACAGACAUGUUUUAAUGACCAGCUAUUAGAAAGUCACAUAAAAAGCGAACUUAUCGAGAAAAGACAGCUAGUUCAUGUUCUUCCAGAUUGUGACAAAAACAAACCAUCUCUGUUUGAGCCUCUGCCUUCUGUCUCUAUAGCUUGUGGUGCUUCUUCAUUUGAGGUCCGGAUGAAAGUACCAUCUUGGGCUGCUCAGGUUUUAAAACAGCUGGCACCAGAAGUCUCCUACCAUAGCUUGGUCACUCUUGGCAUUGCCAGCAUACAGGGUGUUCCAGUAGCUUCUUUUGAGAAAGAAGAUGCUGAUCGCCUUCGUUUCUUUUGGAAUAGGCAACAGCAAGAGUAUUGCUUUCAAUAUGAAUUGUCUCCUCCUCUGCCCGCUUUGUCUUCAUCUCUUUUCAGGAAAAGGUCCAAGCCUUUUUCAGAAACUAGACCUAUUUCCCGUGGCCAUACCAUGAGGGCAAAUGGGUCAAUCUUUAUGAUAGAUCAUCAGGAUGUCAAAAAGGAAGUUGGCUUGUGCGAAGGGAUUCAUAUGCCCUCCAUGAUUGGCCAGAAAAGAUUGAAGGUUGCUACAAUGAAGCCCAUUCCAUGCUUCCGGCGCCAUAAGAUAUUGCCCUUCUCGGGAGUUCAGGAGGAUAUGCCUGAUGGAAGCCAGGCAAAAACUAACCUGUCCACUGUGCCUUAUGCAAAGCAUAAUACACUUCGUGCUCCUUUGACACACAGAAAAUCUACAUCAAGUUCUUUUCACGCACAACAGAUCAUAUCUAUCAAUCCUCUGCCAUUGAAAAAACAUGGAUGUAAUAGAUGUUCAAUUCAAGCUUGCACUGAAGAGGAGUUUCUCGAGGAUGUUAUGCAGUUUCUAAUCCUCAGGGGCCACAGUCGGCUUGUACCCCAAGGAGGAAUAUCUGAGUUUCCUGAUGCCAUACUCAAUGCAAAACGCCUGGAUUUGUUCAACUUGUAUAGAGAGGUUGUUUCUAGAGGCGGUUUCUAUGUUGGGAAUGGCAUAAACUGGAAAGGUCAGGUUUUCUCAAAGAUGCGAAACUAUACGGUUUCAAAUAGAAUGACUGGUGUUGGAAAUACAUUAAAGAGACAUUAUGAGACUUAUCUUUUGGAAUACGAGCUAGCACAUGAUGAUGUGGAUGGAGAGUGUUGCUUGUUAUGUCAUAGUAGCACACCUGGUGAUUGGGUGAACUGUGGCUUAUGCGGUGAAUGGGCUCACUUUGGUUGUGAUAGGCGGCAGGGACUGGCUACUUUCAAGGAUUAUGCAAAGACAGAUGGCUUGGAAUAUAUUUGCCCUAACUGUAGUCUCUCGAACUCUAAGAGGAAGUCCCAGAAGGUGGCGAAUGGACUUUGUAACGCCAUGACUCUUCCACGACAUGAAUAAUUGCUUAAUUUCCUUCUUUUUCUUGUGUAAGAGAAGAUCCCCAAUUUUGUCAGGGGUUAUAACAUGUAUCAGUUCAUAUUGUUGCUUGCCUAAUCUUAGGCUGACAUCUAGAGCAAGUGCAGAUGGCAUAAAUGCAAGAAAAAAUAUUUAGUUUUACCCCUCC